UGCGCAUGUGUCAUGGCGCCCAAAUUUGUGUAAAAUCCGAUUUAUUAAAAAAUAUCCCUAUAUAUCCCUUAUUCUGAUGAUUUCCUGGUGCCAUGAUGGGAAGUCUUGACGUCAAAAUCAAGGAGUGGUUGGCCGAGUAUAAGGCUCUGUCAGAAGCUGAGCUCCAUACUUACGCCAGUACCAUUCGGGCGAACCAAGAUUUGAUCGACGCUCUUUAUGAUCUCCUCAAUCGUGAACACAGACAAGAGGAUGACGACGAUAGUGUUGAGCUACAUCAACAUCGCAGCAAUAAAUUGGACAUCACAGAUAAUGAGAUUCUCGAUCCAGUAUGCCACCAACUCUUCGAGUUUUACCGGUCGUCCCAAGUCGAGCUGCAGCUUUUCACUCUUGAAUUUGUGCCUGUGUUAAUGGCAACAUAUUUAUUUGCAGUGAGUAAAAACCAUAAAAAGAAUUGUAGCGGUAUCGAAGCGUGUUUGUUAGGGAUAUAUAAUUUAGAGCUUGUCAACCCAGAUGGGAGUCCAAAGAUUAAGUCAUGUACCAUUCCAUUGCUGUCCAAGCCUUCAGUUUACCAUGAGCCAUACAGUUCGGCGCCUCUCUCGCUCACCGAGUCAGCGCUCUCUCGCCAUGACCAGUCGGAGAUCCAAAUUAUUACGCACGGGCCGUUUACGCAUAUCGAACGGAUGAAGGCGUCCAAUAGGCUAACAGUCCUCACCUACGUGUUAAACUGUUACAACGCGAGCAUCGCAAAGUUGUCGACGAAUUCUCACCAGACGAUGUGUAGCGUUAUUACGAGUAUCGUCAAGUCUGGUUUCGAUGGUCUCGGCAUUCCAAGCAAUGAUGUCCCCGGUUCUCGGCGGAGUUGGUCAUCAAAGCGAGGCGUGUCAUUUGCGGUGGAGCCACGGGUCAUGGUCAAUCGUCACCUAAUGUUGGAGAUGGCUUCUAGCAUUUAUUAUAUCAUGUAUAAUACUCAUCCCGGUAUGGGCACCCUUGCCUUGGAGGCCAUCCACAAACGGGCGUCCUAUGAACUCUUAUCAGAUGUUUUACUGGUUACCAAUGCAAUCCGCAACUCAAUGCAUUACAGUCCGGGUGGUGAGCCUAGUGAUGGACCAAUGGGAAUCAGCAUAGCAAUAUCGCCGUCGGCAACGACGUCAUCAUUCACAAAAGCGGCCAUCACUAAUGCAUCGUUCAGAGCAAAGAAGCUCCCAGAUGAUAUACCUGUCGUAUCAGAUGAGGGCGAGGAGAGUUACACUAACUGCGUGGCACCAUCUGUUAUCAUGUCUGAAGAUGUUUUUGAAACGACCAUGCCGGGCGAGCGUGGCGGUCAGAAAGUGGAAGUCACCGAAAGACCAAAGUCGACGUCGGGAGCCAAAAUUAGCAUCAAAUCUGUUUUGAAAAAGACUGAUAAGGCGAAAAGACGGGACUCUGAUGUAAAACCGCAUGUGACGUUGAACAUGUCUUUAAACGGCGACUCAGAGCCGGAGAAAAAGAAAAUGUCUGUCUCAAUUAUACAGGGUCAGGUUAAGACGCAUAUUGAUAAUGUAGAAUUGAAAUCGUACUCGAAGACAAAUGAUGUCGGUUGGGCGCGGUCAGACUCAGAUUCGGACGCAAACGAGGACCAGGCGAAUCGUUCAAUGAGUUCAUCAUCUUCAGGACAUUUCCGGGGACAAAGGCAAAAUAAUUUACCCUUGAAUACAGAGGUAUAACAUAGGUUGCUGAUCUUGUGGCGGUCCUUUCCAUGGGCUUGCUGAUGUUACUUUUGCAUCCAUCAUAACCUUGAUACCUGAAAAGUGAAAAAAUGGCUGUAAAAAUACCUGCAAACUUGGUGGAAUUGACCUUGAAUAUCCAGGCGAAAGAUAGCCUAGUGUGACAAUUUGCAGAAAAAAUACUAAGAAAAGCUGCAAAAUAUCCAGCCAUCGGAGAGUGAUCAGUAUGUCAUAUGACUAAAUCCGACCAAUUCCAAGCCACCAAUCUGAUCUGGGGGCUUGUGGACCUGAUGAUAUAUCUACACCAAUCACAGUUGUAUGUGAUUUCAAAAUCAGCCAAUGACAUCACAAAAAUAAAUAAUGUGAUACAGUUUCAGCCAAUCGUCUUUAGCAUCACUUUGAAUAUUCUUUAAUCAGCCAAAAAUUAUGAAAAAGGGUCAAUUUCAAGAUGCCAAAUUUGCCUUGCCUAUAUGAAUAUGUUGGGGUUGUUGUUCAGGCAAUUUAGGAAAUGUUGUAGGAAUUUAACUUUAAACUUCUUUCCAUUUUCAUAUCACAGUAGAGUAUGAGGUAGCCACCUAGAUUGUGAUAUUUGUGAAUCUUUAUAUUAGCUUUGGGGCCUUUCAUGUAACACAGGGAGGGCAUUUGUGAAUUCUAGUGUGUACAGUGUGGGGGGGCAGUGUGGGCCAAUCUAAUUUUGGAAUGUUUUUGAACAAAAUCCGGGAACUUAAAAUUUGAUGUGGUCAUCAAAAAAAAUAUUGUAAAAUAGAAAACAAGUUCUUGAAGACAUUAUUUUGAAAAAUAUCCCGAAAUUUAUGAAACAUAUCAUGACAGAUAUUGUUGGUAAAAAAUUGGCAUUGGUGGCUUGUAAAGAAUUAAAAUAAAGGAUGAUAUUUCUUGCCAGUGUCUAGAUAUUUUGCAUUGAUUAGCGCCAGUGGGGAAAAAAUUGUCUUAAACUGGUUGUGACGUGUUUAACUGUGAUGUAGUAUUAGCCCCUCCUCUGAGAAUUAUUUGUUCAGAAAGUUGUAAAAUUUUAAUUUCUCCAGGGAAAGUAUUGUCUGUUACUGCUACAAACUUCGGCAGAAUCUGUUAAAUUUCUAAUUAGAAAUGGUUGCCAUGGUGAUUAUUCAAAUGCCACGGUAACAGGAAAGCGGUUUGGAUGGAAAUGGUUGAAAUCAUGAUGUACCUAGUGCAUGAUGUAUCCUUAGUUAUGUUUGGGAAGAAAAUGUGUGAAUAAAUUAAUGAAUUCAUUUCAUGUUAAAUUCUUGAGUUAGACUGGGACUCCUCUAACUUUAUAAACUUGCAUGUAGCCUCGGACGUAAUGUACCAAUUGUUUUUGAGGCAUUUGAAAAAUGAACUAGUCUAUUCUGGGAGUUGUUAUGUAAAAUAGAUACUGUUGUUUACGUUGUUGCCAAUAGGAGGUGCUGUAUGUAAGAAAACAAAAACUUAAUUUUCAUAAAUUUUUUAUUUUCACCUUGAUUACCUUCUCUUAUUUCAGUUAUAUAUUCAUUUACAAAUUAACCUAGAUUUGUUUAUUUCAGUUUGUUUAUUUUUUGAUUGUUUAUUGUUUUCCCUCUGUACAUGUAGCCCCUGCAAUUUUGUUACAUUUCACAAAAGAAACUUUCAGAUAUUUACAACUGCUUGCUGCAUUUCAUAUUUGUCCCAAAUAUUUUGUUCUCUCAUAUAAGGAACUUUGCCGAAUAAAUACCUGGUCACCAAGAAUGACCCCUCCCACUCCAUUCAACAAAAGAUAUAAGAAAUAAAAUGUCACUCUCGAUUUAUGUCAACUACAUGUUUCACUUUAAUUUAGUUUAUUUACUGUUCAUUUUGUCCUAUUCGUUUCUUUCACGGAAAAACUUAUCCUUUAUUUCUUUGUAAAACUUUAUUUUUAUUCAUUUGACGAAGAAAUGCAUUUUUCAGUUCGUCUGAUUACAAAAAAAUUAUUCGUUUCUUUCACGGAAAAACUUAGCCUUUAUUUCUUUGUAAAACUUUAUUUUUAUUCAUUUGAUGAUGAAAUGCAUUUUUCAGUUCGUCUGAUUACAAAAAAAUUCAUUUUCAACUUCACAGUUCUCUUCAUCAUACUUUUCCCAAAUUGAUUUCAUUUUCUAACAGCGCAGCAUAGGAAUUUCUUUCUUAAUUUUCAUUUGAUAAAUUUUUAAUUUAUGUCAGAAGAUUUUUUCUUUUCAUACAGCACCUCCUAUUGAAGAUUUUAACAAGUUUCUCUAAUUGACAGUUGUUAGCCUUUGGGGCAACUGAUUGCCAGAGAUUGGUCCAGUUUUAUCUCUUUGCUGAUGAUCUUCAGAAAAUGGAACAUGUGAUUAGAAUGCUAAUUACGUUUAAUUCUGAGAUAUGUCGGGGAAAUAGGGCUGUCAACUUACUUAUAAACUAAACUGUACCUCGACCCCAUAACUUCUGUGCCGAGAUGUCCCUGUUGUAUUCCAGAGUGAAAAUGCAAAAGCGCCAUACAUGCAUUAGUUUGGUUGUUAUUUUGUAAAAAGUGGAGCGUAGAUUAGUAAGUGUAAUUCCUUUCAAGUUCUACAUGAAUGCUUAGGCAAUUUAGCCAUUUAUUUCCUUAUUGGAUAGUAAUAUUUCAUUGCUGAUGUAAGUCAGGUCAGGUAUGUACAUAUACUAUCAGUUCUGUAUGAUUUUUACUGAAGUUACAUAGGCUUAUGUGUACUGUAAAAAACAUAUCUUGUACAUACAUACCUCGUAGUGGAAGAGAUCUUAUACAUGUGGCUUAUUUGUAGUAAGAAAAAUUGAGAUAGCUGUCAAAUUAUAUUAAAGAUCAGCCACUUCUAAUGUAUCACCUGUACUCAGAUUGGUACUGUAAAAUCAGAGAUAUUUGCAUGCCUUUUAUUUGCGCAAACUACGCAAAUGCUGCAAUUUUACAAAACUGCAAAUAUUUGUUAUUUUUGAUUACUAGAGGCCCACAGUUAAACACUGUACUCAAACAAACCUGACUUACAUGUAUAACUUAUUUCAAGAAUCUUCUCCAUGGUUUACGCAGUCGAGUCCGAUAUCUCUUUAAGUGGAUCAUUAUGUAACGACAAAAGGUACAAUGUACCAAUGCAUCAAUUUCUGGUCAAACUGAGCUGAGGUUUUCUUUCUGUAACUUGUUAUGUGUAUAUCUGUGGAUUGUAAAAUGUGUAUAAACCAAGAGAAAAUGUAGAAAUAGUUGAGGUCAGCAGCAAUUGUCAAUCUCUGAGGUAACUGUACAUUCUAUAAAAUAAAGUGAAAUUCUUAUUUAUUUAUAUAAA